CUCCACUAGCUACUAGCCUAGCCGCUCCGACGCGACCAAAACAAUGCAAACGUGCGUACUGAUCGAGUCGACGCAGAUAAUAUGCAGACGUUUGUCGCACAGACACAACAACAGUGUUGAUCUCUUUCACAUUCAUUAUUCUGUAAUUUAAGUAAUUUGCAGGUCCCUUUUUAGGUUGAGCGUCAUAACGUACGUCUUUGUCUUGCCCUUGGCCAUAUUUUGAUGCUGAUCUUUCAAGUUUCAACCAGUGGUACAUCGAUCUUGGAUGCAUUAGAAUCAUCUUUAGCUGCCGGCUGUUAAACGAAUCAUUUAUGCUUGUGGAGACUUUGUAGAAAUUUCGGGAAACAUGGGAAGCGGAGCAAGAACAAUGUUUGCAAACAAAAGCCACUUUGGUAGAUCAAACUGGAUGCCAACAUGGAUUCCUUUCCUAUCUUGGAAGUUUAGUGCAAGGUAUAUUUUGAUGUUGCUUCUGAUAAUGGGUGGUAUGCCACAGCAGCAGCCGUACCGAGGCAGGACAUCUGGGCAGGUGUUGGAGAUGAUGGGCGCUGCCGCGGCCAUCACGUGGUCCUGGAAACCUUGGUGUGUCUGGGAGUGCUGCGAUGAGCCAUGGAUCAAUGUCAAUAAUAUAUCCUCAGGUCUUGAUAACGUUCUAAAUGAAAAUCUUUUCGGACAGCAUAUAGUUAAAGAAACUGUUUCAGCCGCUCUUCAGGGCCACUUGUUAAAUCCCAAUCCUCCUAAACCCCUAGUUCUGUCCUUUCAUGGCCGGACCGGGACAGGCAAAAACUUUGUGAGCCGUAUGAUAGCGGAGAGCAUCUAUAAGGAAGGAUUGUCAAGUAAAUAUGUCCAUCUCAAGAUUGCAGAUAGAGAUUUCAGACAUACGACAAAGUUUGCAGAAUACAAGGAAUCACUCCACAACGAGGUGUUUAACAGUGCCAAGAACUGCCCUCGUCAGCUCUUCAUAUUUGAUGAGGUAGAGAACAUGCCUGGUCUGCUCGACACCAUUCGUCCUUUCUUAGAGUACAGGUCACAUUUAGAGGGUGUCCAGUUCAACAAAGCUAUCUUCAUAUUUUUAAGCAAUACAGCCGCAAGAGAAAUAUCUGAAUAUGCCUUGUCUCACAUGCAAGCUGGUGGAACGAGAGAAGAGAUUACCCUGCAGAGCCUGGAGCCUCUCAUUGAACAAAGCUCAUUCAGUUCAGCAGGAGGUGGAUUUCAGAGUGCCCGUCUGAUAGACAAGUAUCUCAUCAGUCAUUUCAUCCCUUUUCUUCCGUUGGAAACGAGCCACGUCAGAAACUGUAUCAUUUCCGAGCUGCUUAGCCACCACGCCCGUUCUGACGCAUCUACAUCUACCAGAGACAUUGCGGAUGAAGUCAUCAGAGAACUUCAGUUCUGGCCCAAGGGAUCGGGACUUUUUGCCACCAAAGGCUGUAAAAGUGUGGCAGAGAAACUUAAUCUUGCUCUGUUUAGAGCCCACAGGAGGAAAGAAGCAGUGAAGCAAGAUCUUUCAAAGAACGAACUCUGAUAUUGAGAUAUACUGUAAUUUAAAGAGGCUGUAGCAUGACGAGACUAUGUCUUUCCUGUGGCCUGACUCGUGGGCCGAUCAGAUAUAAUACGACUACGGACGACGCGACCGCAGUAGGCCUACGUAUUCACAUGCGUGCAACAUAUGCAAAACCGAAGCGUGAGUUGUCCAAAUGAAGUCGUAGAUGGCGUUAACCAGUAUAUGCCAUGCUACAGCCCCUUUAAG